UCAAUAACCUCUGGAAUUCAGAAAUACAAGUAGGUCCUGUGUCUGGCAGGCUGUACCAAACUCUUGAGGGCGGGCUCCCAGGCACAGUCAACGAAAUCUAUCUGCCUCUGGCAUUCUCUCUGUCUGUUUCCACAGGUCUGACUGUGUUUUGGGUCCAUCACAAUGGCUGAUCAGACUUCUCCAGAUUACUUCAGCUGCUCCCUGUGUCUGAACCUUCUUGGGGAUCCUGUGGCUAUCCCCUGUGGCCACAGUUUCUGUAUGGAUUGCAUCAGUGGCUACUGGAAUGAGGCUGACUACACAGGGAUUUACAUUUGUCCCCAGUGUAAGAUCACAUUCACCCAGAGGCCUGUGCUGCGGCCCAACGCUACUCUGAGCAUGGUGGCUGAGAAGAUCAAGAAGAGUGGUCUGAACCUCAACGUCAACAUGUCCCAGGGGAAUAUCUACGCCGGACCAAGUGAUGUCCCCUGUGACUUCUGCACUGGGAAGAAAUUGAAGGCUGUGAAGUCCUGUCUGAACUGUCUUGCGUCCUACUGCGAGAAGCACCUGAAGCCUCACUAUGAAUCAGCCACAUUCAAAAGGCACAAGCUGGUGGAUGUGCUGGGAAACCUGGACAGGAAGAUCUGCCCGCAGCACCAGAAGUCCCUGGAGCUCUUCUGUCGAACAGACCAGAUGUGUAUCUGUGCUAUCUGCACAGUCAGUGAACACAGGGGCCAUGACAUUGUCUCUGCUGAGGCAGAGAGGGGUGAGAAACAGAAACUAUUGGGCGUUUCCCAAGCUGAGAUUCGACAGAAAUGCCAGGAGAGGGUGAAGGAGCUGGAGGAACUGAAGACUGCAGUGGAUUCGCUGAAGAAUUCGGCCCAGAGAGCCAUGGUGGAGAGCCAGAAGAUGUUUGAGGACAUGAUCCGCUCCAUUGAGAGGCUGAGGUCAGAGGUGACCAAGCUGAUUGGCAUCAACGAGAAGGCUGCUUUCAACCAGGCCGAGGCUUUGAUCGAGCGCCUGGAACAAGAGAUUGAUGAACUGAAGAAAAAGGAGUCGGGGCUCAAGCAGCUGUACAGCACUGAGGACCACAUCCAUUUUUUGCAGAACUUCAACUACCUCUGCACCCCCACUGAUGACGGCUUCAUACCCAGAGUGACAGUAAACCCAGACUUUUCCUUUGGGGCUGUGAGAAAAGCUGUGGCUGAGAUCAAGGAACGGCUCGAGGAGUAUGGCCGAGAGGAGCUGCUUAAGAUCUCCAAGUCAGUGAAUGAGGUCCCAGUCUACACUACAGAAAGUCGAACACUGGACAGAAGGAGCAGAGGCAAAGAAAUGACAGUGGACAACACUCCUUCUCCAGAGCCGAGGAGCAGAGCCGAUUUUGUGAAAUACUUCUGCCACAUGAAGUUUGAUCCUAGCACUGCCUACAAGGAGCUGUUCAUCUCUGAAAACGGCAGAAAAGUCAUUCGCACCAGGGACCUGCAGCCCUAUGGCGACAACCCGGAGCGGUUUGACAGCUUUGCCCAGGUGCUGUGUCGGGAGGCCCUAUCUGGAGGCCGCUUCUACUGGGAGAUCGAGUGGAGUGGGGAGUUCUCCAUCGGAGUGGCCUACAAAAGCAUCAGCCGAAAGGGCAAAGGCUCACUGUGUCUCCUGGGCUACAACGACAAAUCCUGGAGUCUCCUCUGUUCUGACUCAGGUUACUCUGCCUGGCACAACCGGGUGGACAAAGCCGUCAACGGCCCCCACUCCCCCAGGAUAGGCGUGUACCUGGACCACACCGCAGGCGUGCUGGCAUUUUACAGCAUAGGCAGCACCAGGACCCUCCUGUACAGGUUUGAGACCAAAUUUGUUGAGCCCCUCUAUCCAGGCUUUGGAGUUGGAACCUCAGUCAAGAUCUGCAAUGUCAAGUGAUCAUCGAUAUUUGAGCUCUCAUUUGAAAAUCUGAAAAUAUUUUCCAUUUGUUUCUCAUUCUAUACAACUGUGCUUUUGGAAUAUAUAUUUUUGCAAAGUUUGAAACUGUACCACACCACAUAAAUGAAGUUUUUUUGCUUUUUGCUUUUUUUUUUUUUAGAAAAAUGUUCCUUCCAAAUGUGUAUAUACUUUUUUCUUAACCCCACACAUCACAUAUUACGUUUUGCUUUCUGCUGUCAAAUCACUUUUUGUAAGACCUUACAGAAACACAUAAUCACUACAUAACCACACAAGUACAAUAUGAAGAAAAAUGUUAUCCUUUAUAGCAUCUGAUAAUAACUGCUGGAUAAUAUAUAAGAUGUCAGUUUGUAAUAAAUGUCACUCUCAAUGAGCUAAAUCUAGUUCCCACAGAUAAUAUUCUACCAUUUUUAGAUAUAGCCGCUAUUGUUACUUCAUUGAGGCGUAUUUUAGGUGAUGAUGUAAUUAUCAUUCAUAAUGAAUGUACCCGGAGGUAACCUGAAGUACAUUUUCUUAUGAUAGGUCAUUACACUAUUGGCCAAUAGUGUUGCAUAAUUGUUUCAAAAUAUAUUGCACUCUUGAAUGAGUAUUACAGUAACAUUCAUGUUGGUGCAUUAAGAGGUAUUAUUUUGGUUUCAGUACAUUCAGAAUAUUUCACUGUCAUUUCAUUUUGUCAUGUUUUGAUAUCUGUUUUCAUAUCAGUUGCUCGGAGUCCCUACAGUUUUGUUUUUCACUUGAACUAACCCUUAUUUAAUUUUGUGUAUGUUUACUUAUAUAAAGGCCUACCAGAGUAUAACUGUUAUCCAGAAAAGACUUGUUUUGUAACAAAAUUGUUCAUUGAUAGUUCAAA